CAUCUUCAUUCUUCACUACUACGUACUAGUUACUACAAACUACACAUACAACCAUCUCCUAGCUAGCUAUCUCCAAAACUUGAUUGAUAUUGUUAAGAAAAUGGGUUCUGGCAAGUAUAAUGCCGCCGCAGCUAUUGCUACUAGUUUCUUUUUUGUGUUUCUCUUCUGCAUGCCAAGCAAUGCACAGCUAUCUACUUCAUUUUAUGAUCAAACUUGUCCGGAUUUACAGAGUACCGUUAAGACACAAGUGAGGACUUCCAUAUCUGCAGAGCGUCGGAUGGCAGGCUCACUCAUUCGCCUUCACUUCCAUGAUUGCUUUGUUCAGGGAUGUGAUGCAUCAAUCUUGCUUGAUGAUUCUCCUACGAUCCAAAGUGAGAAGAGGGCCCCUCCAAACAACAAUUCUGUAAGAGGUUACGAUGUCAUAGACCGAGCCAAGACCGCGGUGGAGAAGAUUUGCCCCGGGGUCGUCUCUUGUGCAGACAUUCUAUCUAUUGCUGCUCGUGAUGCUACUGUUUUGGCUGGUGGUCCGUCAUGGACUGUAAAGCUAGGAAGAAGAGAUUCUACAACUACCAAUUUUGCACAAGCAUCCAAUGGUCUUCCCUUUUUCCGCGAUAACCUCCAGAAACUUAUUGAUGACUUCGCUAACAAGGGCUUCACCAUAAGGGAGAUGGUUGCUUUAUCUGGUGCACAUUCGUUUGGUCAGGCACAAUGUUUCACAUUCCGUGACAGAAUCUACAACAAUGCAUCAGACAUUGAUGCUGGAUUCGCAAGCACCCGAAGACGCGGCUGUCCUUCCAGUGGCAGAGACACCAAAUUAGCCCCACUGGAUUUGGUAACAUCGACCUCAUUUGACAACAACUACUACAAGAAUAUAAUGCAGAAGAAGGGACUUCUUGAAACAGAUCAGAUCCUUCUCAGCGGAGGCUCGACAGAUGACAUUGUCAGAGAUUACAGCAAGAAUCCAGCCACAUUCAAAAGUGAUUUUGCAGCUGCCAUGGCCAAAAUGAGUGAUCUCAGCCCCCUUACAGGUCAAUCUGGUGUAAUUAGGAGAAUUUGCAGUUCCCUCACAUAAACGGAAUUUCUCCGCGUACUAUUUGUCAGGAAGAUAUGAAAUAAAUUGUACAAGUAGAUAGAAGUUCACUUCAUUCAUUCAUCUGAAGUUCACUUCAUUCAUUCAUCUACAUAUUCUUUCUUUCUUUUGUAUUGUAUUGUAACUCAUAUCUUGAAAUUUUCAAAAUUUUAAUUCUGUUA